AGAUGAGCCAUUGCGACUCCCAACAAAACAAUACCAAUUUGGUUGUGAAUCAGGCUACUAGCGGCUCCGUUUCUAUUUUUGAGAGGAAUGGCUCCGUUGUUUGUCCAACGGCUCGACGAGUAGGGAUUUCAACAAACAGUCCCAAAUUACCCUUGAUAUGCCAACUAAGCAAACAAGUUGAGUCAAUGGAUGAAAAGGCUAGAAGAGAACUUGACAUCAUUCUCAAAAAGAAGGGUUCUGUUGCAGGACAGUUGCUGACUCCAUUAGAUUCCGCGCCCCCUUUUUGUUCUGGUUCUCCUCCAAGCAGAACUUCUAACCCUCUAAUCAAAGACGUUCACUUUCGAGACGGUGUCAUUAUAUCACCGUUUCCAGUCCCUCCUCCCCCUGGUUUGUCGCCUUCAUCUUCAGCUGCUAAUAUUGGAGGAUGCAUCAAGAUGAAGUUUGAGUACAAACCGGCAGCAAUUCGGGUGGAAGGCUUUGACUGCAUUAGCAGGGAGCACCAGCAUUCAAACGUUCAUGCCGCGGCCUAGACAAGUACAUACCGAGGAAGCUGUAGUAGUAUCAUAUAACAUGGUUUCACCAAUUAUCCUUCUCUAUCUGUAUAUAUAUAUAGUU